AUAUCACCGUGAUGAUGACGUGUAAAUCCCGGAAGUGCCUUUUGUAAACUUGCAGCCAGGUCAGCUGUACCAACUUUAGAGCAGUCUAAUCUCAUCGAGAAUGCCUUUCAGACGGGAUAAUAUUUCCUUCUAAAAAGUGGAGUCUUCCUUUAUGCGAUAAUUUGGAUGACACAAUGGAGGAAAAGAAUAAGAAACGUAAAAGCCCAAAACCGUCUUCCAACCAGCCGCCUCCCCCAGUGACUGCUCGAAAAACAACAUCCAGUAGAUCGUUUGGUGUUGGUGGUAUGGUCACGCACAGUCAGAGGUCAAAGUAUCGCAGGGGAGUGAGAGACAAACCAAGGCCUCAGAGUCAGUCGGGUAAGAGCAGCCAGUCGGGCCACAUCCAGCACUCGUUUCUCACAGACGUGUCUGAUGUUCAGGAGAUGGAGAAGGGUCUGCUCAGCCUUCUCAAUGACUUCCACUCUGGAAAAUUGCAAGCCUUUGGCAACGAGUGCUCAAUCGAUCAGAUGGAGCAUGUGCGGGAAAUGCAGGAAACACUGGCUCGCCUGCACUUUGACCUUUAUGGAGAAGUGGAUGAGCUGCCGGAAGACCAGAGGAAGUCUGCUUAUGACACUAACAUGGAUAAACUGUUAUCAAAUCUGGAAGAGUUGAGCUCCUCAAUACAAAAGCUUAACAUUGCUGACAGUCAAGAUGUCCCCAGAACUUCCAGCAUAUGAACUACAAAGGCUCUACCAUGCAGCUAUGGGGAAACACCAGUAUUACAGUCAUAUCGGUGACACUGUGGUCUUAAACGUGUAGAAUUGGUCAGCUUGGGUUGUUUACACUCUAUAGAUGUGAUAUCACAGAACAAAUCCAAACAUUUGUGAUGAACUGCCCACUUGUCUUUCUCACCGGAUCAUUUCACAUGGUACCACAAGAAAUAUAUGUGCAUAAGAUGAUGUUCGAUUACAUUAUGGCAUCUAAUCUUAUGUCUUAAAUGUUGCCUUGUAGUUGUACAAUAGCAGCACCUUUGCAUUAUCACUAAUUCACUUUUAACAAGGAACUGAUUGGCUCAGUUUGUAUUUAUUUAUGCCCUGUCUUAAAGUGAUUAAUAGAAAGAUAAUGGCAGGUUAUUUUUCAUGUCAGUUGAUGUCAGUUUCCUGAGACUACUAAGACUGCAGAAUAAAAUUAAAAUUGCAUUGUAUAUUUUUGGUUAUAGACUAUAUAGUUCUAUUUACAUAUUUUAUUUUGAUUUAAAACAUUGGAAAUGUAAAUUGUAACCUACUGGCUGAUUGUUGAUUAAACUUUUUAUUCAUGCUUCUAUCAAUAAAGUUCAAGUUUU